AUGAACUCUGCCCAAUAUUUCCUCCAUUUCGUCAUCCUUCUAUCAAGUUACACCCUGUCCCAAUCGACCUGUCCCGAAACCCCCGUUUGCAACAAAGAGCAGAGCUACAAACUCGAUGGUUCCUGUAAUAAUUUGCUCAAUCCCUCCUUGGGAACAGCAAAUCGACCGUACGCACGUUUUGUACCGGCAAGCUAUUCCGAUGGCAUUUGGGAACCGUACCGUACCAAAUCCGGCGAUUCGCUACCGAACGCACGGAAACUAUCGUUAAAUCUCUUCGGUGAAACGGAAAUGAAACAUCCGAGAAAUACGCUGAUCAAUAUGCAGUUCGGACAGUUUGUUGCUCAUGACAUGAGCUUUACAGCGGGUGGUGGCAACAUACAGUGCUGUGCCGAUGGUAAAUCAGUCCCAAAGGAACUUGCCUCCUCAAAAUGUUUACCCAUCGAAGUAGCGAGCGACGAUCCCGUGAUGGGUGAGGAAGGCAUCGAGUGCAUGAGUAUGGUACGCACUAAAACGACACUGGAGGAUCCCUGUACGCAUCAGGAAGGCGGAGAAGCAGAACAAUUAACUACAGUCACCGCUUUUCUGGAUCUGUCGGUAGUGUAUGGGAACUCAGUCGAACAGUGCAAUAGCUUGCGUACCUUCAGCAAGGGACAAAUGGCAGUUGAUGAUCGAAAUGGAAAACAGUGGCUUCCAGCACAUCCCAACAGAACCACAGCGUGUAGCGUGCAAGAUGAUUCGGACGUUUGCUAUCUCACCGGAGAUGUGCGCUCCAAUCAAAGCCCGCACCUAACGUUGAUUCAUCAGGCAUUUCUGCUGGAGCAUAACCGAUUGGCAAGGGAGUUGGCUGAGCUAAAUCCAGACCUGGAUGACGAGGUGCUGUUCCAACAGGCACGCAAAGUUAACAUAGCGCAGUACCAACGGAUCGUGUACUACGAGUGGUUGCCAAUCUAUUUGGGACGCCAGAACAUGAUAACGGCCGGUGUAUUGCCUGAGCUGGAUCAGCGGAACUUUGCCAGCGAUUACAACCACACCGUGGAUCCCAGCGUGGAUAAUGCGUUUGCAACGGCUGCGUUUCGAUUCUUCCAUAAUUUAAUUGCGGGUCAUUUGGACUUGGUGGCGGAAUCUACACAACCUACCGGAUCGAUACGUCUCUCCGAUUGGCUCAACAAUCCCUCGGUGCUGGAGAAGGAUGAGAACUACGGAUCGCUUUCACGAGGCAUGAUCUACCAACCGCACGAUCGUCCGAAUAAUCAGCUUACACCCGAGGUAAAACAUUUCCUCUUCCGCAACGGUGCCCGCGUCGGCGUGGACCUGAAAGCCCUCGACAUCCAGCGUGCACGAGAUCAUGGACUCGCCACCUACAACAAUUAUCGGGAGUAUUGUGGAUUGAAGCGCGCCACCAGUUGGGAAGAUUUUAAAGAAAUUCUGAUACCUGAAUCGGCACCCUUGAUGCCGGAACAGUACGAGUCAGUGGACGACGUCGAGUUGACUGUAGCGGGAGCUCUGGAACGACCCUAUGGAGAUGGAAUGGCAGGCGAAACGUUCGGGUGCAUCCUGCUCGAUCAGUUCCGUCGGACUCGGGUCGGUGAUCGGUUCUACUUCGAAAAUGAGGGCAUGUUCAGUGCACGGCAACUGCACGAACUUCGAAAAGCAACCAUGGCGCAGGUGCUGUGCGAUAAUACUCAUGGGCUUAAAGAAAUUCAGAAGCGAGCGUUCUUCCUUGUCAGUGACGAUAAUCCGGUAGUUUCAUGUGACCGCUUUCCAGGUGUGGAUUGGAACCGUUGGCUUAAAAUUCACCUCAUGCUGCUAAACAAAAUAAGGAAUAGUUUGACAUAA